GUGUGAGUGUGCAUUUGCGCGUGAUUGUGCACGUGCGUGUGCGUGUGCGUGUGUGUGUGAAAGCAGCGGGACUGAAACACGAGUGGACAGAUGGAUGGAUGUACAGCAGCGGUGAGCAUGUCAUAAUGCACAGACACGCCACUCUUCCCCACCUGUCUCGUUGACGUUUGCCGAUCGCUCGUCUCCGCACAUCAUGUCCAUCGCGCUCAAGCAAGUGUUUAACAAAGACAAAACGUUCCGGCCCAAGCGUAAGUUUGAGCCGGGCACGCAACGCUUCGAGCUGCACAAACGGGCGCAGGUGUCGCUCAGCUCUGGUGUGGAUCUGAAAGCGGCCGUGCAGCUGCCUCACGGUGAGGAUCUCAAUGACUGGGUUGCUGUUCACGUGGUGGACUUCUUCAACCGAAUCAACCUCAUCUACGGGACUGUGUGUGAGUACUGCACAGAGAAGAGCUGCCCGGUGAUGUCCGGCGGACCGCGCUACGAGUACAGAUGGCAGGAUGAACACAAGUACAAGAAACCCACUGCGCUGCCCGCUCCGCAGUACAUGAACAAGCUGAUGGACUGGAUCGAGAUGCAGAUCAAUAAUGAAGAGAUUUUCCCCACCAGCAUCGGAAUACCCUUUCCAAAGAACUUCAUUCAGAUAUGUAAGAAGAUCUUGUGUCGUCUCUUCCGUGUGUUUGUUCACGUGUACAUCCAUCAUUUCGACCGGAUUCUCCUGAUGGGCGCUGAAGCUCACGUCAACACCUGCUACAAACACUUUUACUACUUCGCCACUGAACUCAACCUGAUCGACCGUAAAGAGCUCGAGCCGCUGAAAGAAAUGACGUCGCGAAUGUGUCUGUGAGGUACAGUGAGCUGGACGUGUUUCCAAACACCAAGAAUGUUGCCUUGGAGAUGAGGUCAUCGCUGGGGUCAUUCUCAGAUGAACUUUUAAUAUGAUGCUAAGAGAUACUGACAGCGAGCGCUAAUGCUACAUUGAUCAUUUAAUGUGAUACAACAGCACCAUCUAGUGGUGAAGUGUGUGACUAGCACUGCGCUAAUAGAACAGUCCAAGAGGGUGAUCACUCAGUAGUGUGUUUCUACAGACAUCUCCAAUGUGCACACUAUUAGGUGAACAUGUUGGUUUAAACUGUCAGCUGUGUGACUUUUGAAUGGACAUGAUUGUCAUUAUAGUUUAAUUUCUGAAUGUGUUGCAGUGAAAUUCUCAUUUACUCAUGUGUUUAUACUGAUGUAUAUCUGACACAGUUUUUGCAGUAAUGGUAGUUAAGUAUGCAGUUAGUUGGUGUAGUGCACAUUAAGACGAUCGGGACAAAUCCACCAUGUGAUUCUUUGUCUCUCUUGCAGUUGCUGGUCUGAUUCGAGUGGAUCAUGUCAUGCGUUAUUAAACCACUAAAACAAAUUUACACGACGUUCCAUGAGUUCCGUUUACCGUUUUACACAUUAACUUUUUUUUUUUUGUCAGACUUGUAAAGGUCCUGUAAAUUCCAUAAUUAAAGAAAUAAAGAAUAUUUGUAUUGUA